AUGGUUCCCAACGUCGCUAUCAUUCAAGGUACCGGUAGUGGUAUCGGCGCCCAAAUCGCCAAGCAAUACCUCUCUCGCACCGGACUUCAAGUUGUCGCUCUCUCUCGCGACGCCUCUCGAGCCAAAGACGCCAUCCUCUCCGACGAUUCCUCCCUCGACUCCUCUCGCCUUCACACUCUCUCCAUCGAUAUCAAGUCCGAAGACUCCUACCACUCCGUUGCCGAAGAAAUCUCAUCCCGUUUCGGCGAAUCCUGCCUGAAAACUCUCUGGAAUAUCAACGGUAUCCUCCACGCCGAAAAGAACCUCUCCCAAAUCUCACUCGAACAGCUCAACCACACCUUCGCAGUCAACGCAUUCUCCCAUCUUCUCGCCUUCAAACACUUCGUUCCUUUGAUCCCACGCGGGGCGGAAGCGAAGAAGAUUCAGGAUGGGAAUGUGGAAAACCUUGCCGAAGGGGUUUUGCCGGGUGAUUUGAGCAUUGUUGCUAGUUUGAGUGCAAAGGUGGGAAGUAUUGGGCACAAUCAGAAGGGUGGUUGGUACAGUUAUAGGGCAAGUAAGGCGGCGUUGAACCAGCUGAUUAAGACGUUGAGCAAGGAGUUGGAGUUGAGGAGCGUGCCGGCCAUUUCGGUUGGUUUGCACCCUGGUACGGUUAGGAGCAAUUUGAGCAAGGAUUUCACGGGUGGUGAGGGAAGCGAUAAGCCGUUGGACAGGAGCAAGGCGCAGUUUGAGCCACAUGAGGCAGCGAAGAAUCUGGUGGAUGUGGUGAGUGGUUUCAAGAAGGGCGACAAUGGUACUUUUAGGGAUUACAAGAAUGAUAUCAUUCCUUGGUAG